AUGGAGAAUCUGCCUCAAGAUGGUGAAGCCCAAGGAGGCAAUGGUCCAGGAGCUGAUCAUUUUAGACCACAGCGCCAGCCACAACAUCCACAGUGCCAAGCUCGUGCCAUUGGAGCUUAUGAUCAACCUCACAUUCAUGAGAACAACAAGUAUCAUGGUCAUGCUGCUGAAGACCCUUUUGAUCACUUGUACAAGUUUGAUCAGUACUGUGGCUUGUCCAAGACAAAUGGUAUUUCUGAAGAUGCUUUCAAGCUAAAGCUAUUUCCUUUCUCUUUGGGAGACAAAGCACACCAAUGGGAGAAGACUCUUCCAAUUGACACUGUCACUACUUGGGAAGAUUGCAAGAGAGCUUUCCUAGAAAAGUUUUUCUCUACUUCAAGGACAGCUAAGAUCAGGAACGAAAUCUCCGGAUUUCAACAAAAAGGUCUAGAGAGCUUCAGUGAAGCAUGGGAAAGGUUCAAGGGUUAUUGGUCUCAGUGCCCUCAUCAUGGUUUCAGCAAGGAGAGCUUGCUUAGCACCUUCUAUAGAGGAGCCUUACCACAGUGCAGAAACAGGCUUGAUACUGCCAGCAAUGGUUUCUUCUUGGGGAGAACUGAAGAAGAAGCAGAGGAACUGGUGGAGAACAUGGCUAAGAGCGACUCAUUCUACAGCGAGGAGCAUGAUAGGGUCAACAGAAAUGAUGAUCAACAGACAAAGAGAGAGAUCAAGUCCCUGCAGGAGAAGAUGGACUUGCUUCUUUCUAACCAAGCUAAACAAGAGCAUGUCAACUUUGUGGGUGGUCCUAUUCAAGAGAUUCCUCCCAAGAUUAAUGAGGUUGAUGGUUUGGAAGGACAAGAAGAGUUGUGCUUCAUCAACAAUAAUGGUUCUUGGUACAGGAAGGAGCCUAACUUUCAGUACAACAACUAUCAACAAAAGUCCUACUCAAACAACCAGCAAGGAGGAUACCAGCAGAGGCAAAACACUCAGCAAGGGAGCUAUCAGCCUAGGCAAAACACCCCUCCUGGUUUCAACAAUAACAACAAUCAGUCUACUCAAGCUCAAGGAAGUUCUUCACAGGCUCCAGCUUCAGAUACAAGUGUGGAUACAAUGUUCAAGAAACUUUUGGAUUUUCAGGCCAAGAAUGAGAAGACAAUGGGUUAUGAGUUCACGAAAAUUCACUCCAAGAUUGAUGGAAGUUACAAUGAGCUCAACAACAAGAUCCGCCAUUUGGAGAAUCAGUUUGCUUCAAUGAACUCUCAGCCAAGUCGCCAACAAGGGGCAUUACCUGGAAAGCCAGAGCAAAAUCCCAAGGAGACAAUGAAAGCCAUCACCCUUAGGAGUGGAAAACAGCUACCACCAAGAACUCUCAUUAGGGAUAAUGAGAAGCAAGAUGGGGAGGUGGUCAUCAAUGUGGAUGAUGAUGUAGUUAUUAUGGAUGAGAAGACCAAUGAAGAGAUCUUGGAGAAAAUAGUUGAAGCAAAAGGAAAGGGUAAAAUUGGAGAAGAAAAGAAGGGGGGAGAACAAGAAUGA